CAGCCUUCCAAAACGAGGCAGCAGCACUUGAAUGCUAUUGCAAUUCAGAUAUACAAUUCAGAUAUACAUGUAUACUCUGGAGGCUGUCCUUAUGUCAGAGUAUUUUGUGUAAACAGACCUUACGACCACAUUGCUUCUCACGGUAUCCUAGCGCGCCCACAUCUGAUAUUUGGUGGGUAGGUGUUAACAAUUAUGUUCGUACAGUCUGCCCACUUACGGGUACCACUGUUUUUAUUUGUAAUAGUAUUAGCGGUCCUUUUCAGGCAUUUACAUCAAACCCAGAUGUUAGAUGAAUAUGCACAGUCACCAAAGAUCACAAUGGAUGAGCUGCUGAUAAACAAACUACUGCGCAAUGUGUCACUGGUUGUAUCUGACUGUGACAACAGGAUUGCGGCUUAUAGUGCAGAUUCUGCAGUGUUUUCCAAAAAUGUUCGCCAGCUCAAUGAGCGACUUGCCAAAGAAAGUAAACAAACCAAACGUGUGCUGACACAAGAGGCUUUUGCGGCCCUGGCCGAAUCCACGAGCAACUACUCUAUCUGGGUAGAGCAGAACGUAAGCAUAGUGGCAUCUGAGAUGUCACAGUUGCUUUUCGAUGUCCGGCAGUUGGAGGCAUUCGUGAUCAGUGUGGGCACCAUCGAUGAUUACAUAGAAAUGGCAAGGUCAGCUAAUCCAAUACAAGCUUUCUUCCUGCGGAUGCCCGCACCCAUACCGGAAACCGCAUUAGACACUGCCAUCCAAGCGGUCCAAACUUCCAGGACAAGAUGCAUGGAGGCUAUGGCCAAAGCCACUGACGCUCUAUCAGACCCCAGACAAACGGUGUACACGAGCCUCUCCCACGCCAAACGGCUACCCAACGUAGCCAUAACCAAGCAGUCCAUACUUUGGGCCGGAGACUCAUUGCUGCGAAAUGUGUACAGUGCACUGUGUAGGCGCCAUUUGUGGGACGAAGAGUGUGAAGGGUCGAUGGUCACGAAUAAAUUGGCUUCGGAUAGGAGCGUGGCGUUUCAUUGGGCUCCGUCAGUGUACUAUCAGCAACCUACUGCCCUGCUAAAUACGGGACAUUACGAUAAGCUGGUCGUGAGCAUGGGUGCCUGGGAUCUUGGCAAGUACUUUAAGAGUGUGGACAACUGGUGCGACACCCUUGACAGGCGUAUGCGCGAGUGGACGGUGGCGGCAGAACGUAGCAACACAUCCGUGUAUUGGUUCAGACUACACGCCACCUAUGGCGAGACGUGUGCACCCGAUAACAAGGAUUGUCGGGAAGCGAAUGACCCGCAGAGAGUCUCUGACUUUCGCGCGUGUGCCAAUGCCAGUGCUCUGGCGCACAACGUAGCGGUGAUAGAUACGUUGGAGUUGACGGAGGGUCUGGAUCCCGCGGUGGGGUAUGGCCCUGGGGAAGCUGUGCACACACGAGGAACUCUGUUUGAGAAGGAGGUGGACCACUUUGAGAAGGUGUUUGGUUGGUCUGAUACGGAUACUGCCACCAGUAAAUCGGGAGAGAUAACAGCACAAUCGAUACACUGAUUGGUGGUAUAGGUUCCGUGGCUAGAUAUAGGGCCCAGGGUACUUAUAGACGAGAACUUGUAAUUUUUUGAUAAUAUGUUUGGUUGGUCUGAUGGGAUACUACAACCGGCAAUGUGGUAGGUAAAUACACCAAGUUACCAAAUAUGUGGAGAUUGUAGCCCAAUCUAUUCUCUGAUUGGAGGUGUACGCCGUGUGGCUCUAAAUCACACCGUGUGUGGACUGCACGGUCAUCGCUUAUGUUGCAUGCUGGCGAUGAGUGAACUGUCUGACUGAUACGAUGAAUACUAAUCACUUUCGUCAUAGCUGAAUAUUUCCGUUCCAGAAGGCCGGCCGGAAUGUUUUUUAACGUUCAAAGUUCAUCAAGAGGCAACCAUGGAAAAGCGCGAUAAUCCACAUCGUAUGGUCCAUCCUAAGCUCUCUGAAUGAUUUUAUUAUUUUAUAUCGUCAGAUGAUGAUAUGCGACUAAUACCGAACACUUUCGACGUGGCUGAAUAACUCCGUUCCAGACAAUGAACGUUUUCUUUUUGUGUGUGAUGUAGCGUGUCAAUAGACAACGAACAGUAGGCAGGGAAAAAUCAUACAGUGAGUACUGCACUACCAAGGAGUGUCUGUAUGAAAUAAAGCCCACGUAUAUGCGCUCCA